UUGACGGAGGGGGGGGGCCUGCCUCGCCCGGCAUCCGGCACUCCACCCCCGUCUCCACCUUCUACGACGGAGGAUCAGAGCGGUUGGUUAACUGUUUCCAGCCCACUUUUAGGACAGGAUUCCGCUCUGGGUUUUGGUGUCUUUGGUGAUGCCUCCCGACUGGAGCCGCUCCGGGACGCACCCGAACCCGGCAGGUUCACACGACCAAGACCUUUGUGAAAGCUGUUUGCGAGGGAACAUGAAGGGAAGUGAAUUUUUCUUUGAAGUUCAGAGCUUUUUUUUUUUUUUUUUCCAGAGAUGGAUCGAUCAUUUUGGAUCAGACGGUUUCCUCUCAGGCGUUAGACAGACCCACACGAUGCCGCAUCCACCCCUGAGGUUGCUGUGUUUGUGGCUGUGCAGCGAGGCCGUCGCCGGUCAACUCCACUGGCAGAAAACAAAGACGACUUUCAGUCCGGAGUAUGAAUCCACCGCCGCUGACAGGAAUGCGCAGAGCCGGAGAUGGCGCACAGUCAGCGCGGAGGACAAUGGGGGGACGCGUGGAGCGAGCGCGCAGGCCUCGUGGUUGGAUACUGUAAGCCGGUCGUCCUCGGGGCUGCUGGGGACGGGGGUACACCGGCGCGCCACGCGCAAAAGUGACGCGCAAAAUGGAGCUCGGCGCGCCCGACUUGUACCCGGAGAGGAGGCUUUACGCACGUAUGGAAACGAGGCCGGGGAGGCGCGGACAGGUGGAUGCAGUCCGGGAGAAGUUCUUACACAAAGCUGGCAUGGCCCCACCUGCCGUCCUGCGGGGACCGGGCGGACCCGGCGACAGAAGCGGAGUGAGCCGCUGCAGGACGGAGCCGCGGCCGCGUGGGAGGCUAUGCCCGCGGCCAUGGCGCAGGAGCAGGACGCCGGUCCGCCCCUCGGAGUCAACGCCAGCGACUACGAGGAGGAGGACUCUCUGCCGGACCCUCCCGACACCACGCCGUUCGUGGCGGUGAACACGCGGGCCAGACGCAGGCAGGUGAAGAACCCCUUCUACCCGGUGACCGCCGAGUCUUACGGGGCCUACGCGGUCAUGAUCGCCGCCGUGGUCAUCUUCAGUGUGGGGAUCAUCGGGAACGUGUCGGUCAUGUGCAUCGUGUGUCACAACUACUACAUGAGGAGCAUCUCCAACUCGCUGCUGGCCAACCUCGCGCUCUGGGACUUCGUGGUCGUCUUCUUCUGCCUGCCGCUCGUGGUGUUUCACGAGCUCACCAAGAACUGGCUGCUGGGAGAGUUCUCGUGCAAGAUCAUCCCGUACCUGGAGGUGGCGUCUCUCGGGGUCACGACCUUCACGCUGUGCGCUCUGUGCAUCGAUCGCUUCCGAGCCGCCACCAACGUGCAGAUGUACUACGAGAUGAUCGAGAACUGGGCGUCCACCACGGCCAAGCUCGCCGUCAUAUGGGUGGGCGCUCUGCUGCUGGCGCUGCCCGAGCUGCUGAUCCGACAGCUGGUCGCCGAGGACGGCGACCCGCCCGGAGUGACGCCGUGCGAGCGCUGCGUGGUCCGGAUCUCCACCGAGCUCCCCGACACGCUGUACGUCCUGGGGCUCACCUACGACGGCGCGCGGCUCUGGUGGUACUUCGGCUGCUACUUCUGCCUGCCGACGCUGUUCACCAUCUGCAGCUCGCUGGUCACCGCUCGCAGGAUCCGCCGCGCCGAGCGGGCCUGCGUCCGCGGCAGCAAGAAGCAGAUCCAGCUGGAAAGCCAGAUGAACUGCGCCGUGGUGGCGCUGGCCAUCCUCUACGGCUUCUGCAUCAUCCCGGAGAACAUCUGCAACAUCGUCAGCGUGUACAUGGCGGCCGGCGUUCCCAGGAGGACCCUGGACGUCCUGCAUCUGGUCAGCCAGCUGCUGCUCUUCUGUAAGUCCGCGGUGACGCCGGUGCUGCUGUUCUGCAUGUGCCGGCCGUUUACCAAAGCCUUCCUGGACUGCUGCUGCUGCUGCUGCGAGGAGUGCGGCCCGCCCCCGUCCGCCGCCGCCGCCGCCGCCAGCACCGCCGGCGACACCGACAACGAGUGCACCACCACCGAGCUGGAGCUGUCGCCGUUCAGCACCGUCCGCAGGGAGGCGUCCACCUCCACCGCCUACGCUGCCGUGGGGACACACUGCUGAGGUGGAAGGUCAGAGACCGGCAGCGUCGAGGAGAGUCCGGCCUGGGGUCAUUCCUCCGGAACUCGAUUGGUGGACGCGUUGACACAUCGGGCUACGAAUUCAACCCAAACCGUUUUACCGACGGACAGGCUGAAGACGUCACUGUCUGUCCUCUCACUGUUUACAGAACCUAUGUCUGGAGGAACACACAGUAUUAGUCAGUAGCAUUUAUUUGUUUAGUUUUUGAUUAACUCACAAGUAUUUUUACUGAAUCUGCACUCAUGUUUUCAUGUUUUCAUGUUUUCAUGUUUUCAUGUUUUCUUCACUGUCACUGUUUCUGUGGACGCUGAUCUUUUUUUUUUUUUUUUAAGGGUCCUGUGAUUUGUCAACAACUUCCUUGGAAAAUGGAAGUUGUUUUAGUUAGAGUUUAGUUAGUUGUGUUGAAUUUAUAAGCAGCUGUUGGUCCAUUUACAGACCCGAGUAAAAGUUCAUUUAUUAUUCAUUUUUUUGGAAGGGAAGCAUUGCUCUCUCCGUACAUGUUGAAUCACGAGCUUUCCUCUAGACCAAAUGUCACGUUGGCAUGUUCAGCUGUCCUGCUGUGCGCUCACUAAAAGACUUCCCGUGCUGCACCGGCAGUUCAUUGGGACUAAUUGAGCGGGCAUGUACCAUUCAAACACCUUGUAUGCAAAUUGCAUAGUUCUCUCCAGGAAACUAUUAGGAAAUAGCAGAGUUCAUACAACAAAGUGUUACCUGGAAACGGGCAUAAAAAGUUAUCAUCAGCCAGAGCUGCUGUCAGCACCUGUGGCUCUGUUUUGGGUUUUUUGGGGGUUUUUUUGGGACGUUCUUGGCCAUUUUUUUUAUUUUUCUUUGUGUGAGUGAGUUAAACGGAACACACAGUAAUAUAAUGAAAAUGGCUGUAGUUGUGUUGUGUUAGCUGAUGUUCUUGUGAAUCAGUUCUGCCUGUGAGUAUUUUGUUCUUUACUAAGAAAAAUGCACUUCACUCAGUCUGUAAUGUGACAGUUUUUUGGGGGACGGGGUUUGUUUGACCAG